UACAAUUUGGGUGCGGCGUACCAAAAAUAAAGGCGCAGUUUUUUCCAAAACCCUAUUUGUCAAAAACCCUGUUCUAAAGCUCCAACUAUCUCCUUGUACAAUAGGUCAAUAAUCCAUAGCCUCUUCUGGGAGUGCUUCCUGAGUCCAACUGAAAAGGAAACUAAGCAAUGGCGUACCAAGGUGGGAAUUUGAAAUCCACGUCGAUCAAUGGCGUCAAGAUGUACACGGUCGCCGGCCAAAACCGUUCUUUAGCUUCAUGGAUUCCACCUAAGAAGCUCAAAGCCCUACGCAAAGAUCCAAAUUAUUUGCAAAGACUAGAUAUAAUCCAAGAUCUGAGAUUUGAAACUGCAACAACUAGAAUUAAGGUGUCUCCUGAUGGGGAGUAUCUCAUUGCCUCAGGCAUUUACCCACCGCAAAUUAAAGUAUACGAGUUGCGGGAACUGUCAUUGAAGUUUGAAAGGCAUUUGAUUUCAGAGAUUGUUAAUUUUGAGGUCUUGAGUGAUGACUACUCAAAAAUAGCCUUUCUUUGCGCUGAUCGCUCUGUUUGCCUUCAUGCAAAAUAUGGAAGUCACUACAGUAUACGCAUUCCAAGGAUGGGAAGAGAUAUUGCAUAUGAUUGUUGGUCAUGUGAUUUGAUGUGUGCUGCUUCAUCACCGGAAUUGUACAGAAUAAAUUUAGAACGGGGUUGCUUCCUUGAGUCUUUAAGCACACAAUCUCCAGCACUAAAUGUUGUUUCUAGAAGUAAGAUCCAUGGACUAAUUGCCUGUGGAGGUGAAGAUGGUGCUGUUGAAUGCUUUGACUUGAGAGCAAAAUCUUCAAUUGGCAGGAUAAAUGCCAUUGCUGCUGCUGGUGACCUUGACCAGGAAGUGACUGCAUUAGAGUUUGAUGGGGAUGGGGGUUACCUGAUGGCAGCUGGAAGUAGUGGUGGUAAGGUUAUGAUUUUUGACCUGCGUUCAUCACAUCCCAUGCAAGUAAAGGAUCACAAGUAUGGAAGCCCGAUACAUAAUAUUAAAUGGCACAAGACACUUAACACAGAACGUUCGAAGUUAAUAACUGCCGACCACCACGUUGUUAGAGUCUGGGACCCUGACACAGGAGAAGGCAUGACAAGCAUUGAACCAACUGGUGGCAGAAUAAAUGAUUUAUGUGUGUUUAGUGGAACUGGGUUAAUAUUGGUGGCACUAGACUCCAGUCAAAUACCUUCUUAUUUUAUACCUGCUCUAGGACCUGCACCUAAGUGGUGCUCUUACCUAGAGAAUUUAACGGAAGAGAUGGAGGAGGGUGCACAGACAACUAUUUAUGACGAUUUCAAAUUUUUGACAAAAGAAGAUCUUGAUAAGUUGAAUCUGACUCACAUGAUAGGAACAAACCUUUUAAGAGCCUACAUGCAUGGUUAUUUUAUUAAUUACCGUCUGUAUACAAAGGCAAAAUCUCUCGCAGACCCAUUUAUGUAUGAUGAUUAUUUAGAACAAAAGAAAAAGAAGAAACUUGAAAAGCAACUUGAAUCCCGUAUUACGAUUAAGAGGAGACUCCCAAAAGUUAACAAGGCAUUUGCGUCUAAACUUCUUGAUAACGAAGAAGCUGAAAAAGUGGAAGGUGAUGGUGUUGAUGCCAAAAAAGCAUCAAAGAAAAAGAAGGGACCAACCAGCAGUGAAAUUUUAGAAGAUCAGCGGUUCUCAGCAAUGUUUGAAAAUAAGGAUUUUGAAAUUGAUGAACGCUCUCAAGAGUACCGAGCAUUGCACCCUGUGGCAUCUGCAAAGAAAGCUUCUCUGUUGGAGGAACAUUUUAAUCCAGUUAUGGAUGGUGAGGAUCAAAGCGACUCUGAAUCUGCAGCUCCUUCAACAUCAGAAGAUGAUGAACACGAUAAGAGAAAGAAAGCACGGGUUCCCAGAUUGUAUGCAGUAAAGGAUGAUCGACAUGCAGAUGCAUUCUGGAAUAAUAGAUCCCUUGCAGAGGAGGACGCCCUUCCUUUGGAAAAGAGGGUGGCAGCACUGAAUAAUAAGAAUACCAAUAGUCAGCAAGAUUUUGAUAUCAAGGUGGGAAUGGGAGGAUCACGGGAGAUGUCCUUCACAGCCAAAAGAAGCUCAAAGUACAAGAAAGAUGAUGACGAUGAGGACAGAGAGGAAAAGCCAAUGAAGAGAAGGGGAAUCCAGUCAUUGAAACUUAAGCCCGAUGGGCCUGCCUCAGGCUUCAGGGGCCGUGGCAGAGGAGGGAGAUCCGGAGCAGGCAGAGGAAGAGGACGAGGCAGGGGGCGUGGCCGCGGCCGACGGUGAAUUCUUGACAUAAUAUCUAUGUAGCAGCAAAGUAUACACUUGAUCACAUAACACCAAUGUAAUGGUUUUGACUGGAUUAAGUUUAUUAUCACACAGCUCCUGGAUCAAUUGUAAAGAUAAUUAUUUUUAUGCUUGGCCGGUGCUUAUAUUAAUUUUUUCUUCUUUUCA